AUGUCAAAUCUGUCUGUUUUCAACGUCCACGUUUAGCAAUGAAUGAAGCUUAUGGUAUUGAAAAGUUUAUAUCUCUUGUGAAAUUUAAACAAAAUCAAAAUAUUUAUGCGCAAGAUGAUACGAUGUUCAUUAGAGUUGAAGUCGAUUUUCUAAGUAAACCACAAGAAUUCCAGUCCGAUCUGGGUGAAAUGUUAAUUGUGGAUGAACAACAUACAGAUUCAAUUCAUGACGAUUUAAUGCGCAAAGUUUUAAUUUCGAAUUAA